UUUCGAAGCUCACCUAUUCACCACAAAGAAAAAUCUCUCUUUCUUCGCCUCUCAGCUCCGGCAGAAAAGGGCGGAGAAUCUCGCUCCAGGAAUUGCGCGUAGCCCAUCGAUCGCGUGGAAGAGGUCAAAAUGGUUGAUCAAGUUCAGCACCCGAGUGUCAUGCAGAAGGCUGCCCACCAGUUCCUGAGGUCGAGCGUUUCUCAGGACAUUCACGCCUAUGACGGGGUUUUCCAGAGACCUUCGAUGUACCAGAGGCGUGCUGCCUAUGGAAACUACUCAAAUGCCGCAUUCCAAUACCCGAUUGUCCCCUCAAGCCGGGUCACAUCCACUGCUUCUCCUGUGUUUGUGGCAGCUCCAUCAGAGAAAGGGUUCGCCCACUUCGCCACUGAUUUCCUAAUGGGUGGUGUUUCUGCCGCUGUAUCGAAGACUGCUGCUGCACCCAUUGAGCGUGUGAAGCUUUUGAUCCAGAACCAGGAUGAGAUGCUCAAGGCUGGCAGGCUCUCUGAACCGUACAAGGGUAUUAGUGACUGUUUCAAGAGGACGAUCCAAGAAGAGGGAUUUGGUUCUUUGUGGAGAGGAAACACUGCCAAUGUCAUCCGUUACUUCCCCACUCAGGCCUUGAACUUUGCAUUCAAAGAUUACUUCAAGAGGCUCUUCAACUUCAAGAAAGACAAGGAUGGCUACUGGAAGUGGUUCGCCGGUAACUUGGCAUCUGGAGGAGCGGCCGGUGCUUCAUCUCUUCUCUUUGUGUACUCUCUCGACUAUGCUCGUACCCGUCUCGCCAACGAUGCCAAGGCUGCCAAGAAGGGCGGUGAGAGGCAAUUCAACGGCCUGGUCGAUGUCUACAGGAAGACCCUCAAGUCUGACGGUAUCGCUGGACUUUACCGUGGGUUCAACAUCUCCUGUGUCGGUAUCAUUGUCUACCGAGGUCUCUACUUCGGUCUGUACGACUCCGUGAAACCCGUCGUCCUCACCGGAGACCUUCAGGAUAGUUUCUUCGCUAGCUUCGCCCUCGGGUGGCUCAUCACCAACGGUGCUGGACUCGCAUCGUACCCGAUCGACACAGUCCGUAGAAGAAUGAUGAUGACGUCUGGUGAGGCAGUGAAGUACAAGAGCUCGAUGGACGCCUUCUCUCAGAUCCUGAAGAACGAGGGAGCGAAGUCGCUCUUCAAGGGGGCCGGUGCCAACAUCCUCCGUGCUGUGGCCGGUGCCGGAGUUCUCGCCGGUUACGACAAGCUGCAGGUAAUCGUCUUCGGCAAGAAGUACGGUUCCGGCGGUGCCUAAUUACUCUCCCUCUCCCCCAACAUGAUUUAAAGGGUGCAAACACCGAACGCUGUUGCCGAGGUUUGCAGUUUCCCAAACUUUAAAAAAAAAAAUCGGUUUUUUGUUCCGGCUCAAGAGGAUGUUGAUGAAAUCUUCUUUUUUUUUUUGUUUUGUUUUUUUCGUGAGACUAGAGGAAGGGGAAAGGAGAGAUUAAUCUGAUUUAUCGGAUAAAAAAUUUUCCAUGUGGAAUAAUAAUUCAUGUCGUUGGGAGAGUGGAUGCAUAACUCUCUCCUUGGAACCGUUUAUGAAAGUGUUCUCUCUAGGGUUCGUAAUUUGCUCUCUGUUGUGAGGAUAUGUUAUAUUUUUUGUCUGCUUUCUGUUUUAUUCAUAUAGUUGGGUUUCUGGUGCCGUAA